UAUACAUGAGCAUACCAAUUUCGUCUGACAAUUCUUCUCAGCAUUGAUAUCAACAGCAAAAUCAGAAAUGCCAGGCAAAACGAAGAAACAUUUCGGUACAAAGCGACAGGAGAUGGCCCAUAAAGCAGAUUCGUUAUGUAAAAUGAAAACCUGUCACUUUAGCAAGCAGGAGAUUGAAAGACUUCUGCAGUUAUUUAAGGAAUUCACAAAGACAGCGCCCAAUGAGGUCAAGCGAGGGAAAGGAGGAAUUGACAGGACAAAGUUUAGAGACAUCCUUCACCAACAUUUUGACAUGACGGAUGAUGUGUUGAUGGAUAAAGUGUUUAAGGCAUUUGAUCUAGACAACGAUGGUUAUGUGAGUGAAGAGGAGUGGGUGCUUGGAAUGUCCAUCUUCCUCAAGGGAGCCAUUGAUGAACAGUCCCGAUUCUGUUUUGGUGUGUACUCGAUGCGCGGGGAGGACGGUUACAUCUCCAGGGAGGAUAUGUACCUCCUUUUGAAGAACUGUCUUGUACAGCACCAACAAGAGGAGGAUGCUGAAGAGAUGCAGAAAGACCUUGUGGAGAUGGCCCUCAAGAAGAUUGAUUUUGACCAUGACGGGCGUGUUUCUGUUGAGGACUACAUGAAAUCUGUAGCAGAGGAAAGCCUGCUGAUUGAAGCCUUGGGACCAUGCCUGCCUAACACAAAGACGAGGGAGAGUUUCUUGGAGCUGAUUGCAGACGACAAACAGAAAAAACACAGAUUCUAGACAGCCAGCAUAGUGGAAGUCAAAUACUCAAUUUUUUGCUGCUGAUUCUGUAUUGUGCUUUAAACAAACAAUAAUUGAGUGUAAAUAAGGGCCCAUUUAAUGAAGUCAGUCAAUUCUUAUGCAAUGGUAACAUUUAAGUAUAAUUCUUAAGUUAUCUUUCUACUAUCUUGCAGUGAGCCAUAAUAUAAAAUUACAAAUAUGGUAUGAUUUUUUGUUAAACUUACAUUCCAGAGCAAAAUUGCUUUUUUUUGAUAAUUAUAUAUACAUGUAUUGCUAUCAAUUCUACUUUGGUUUAUCAUGAAAUUUAAACAUUGUUUAAUAGCAAUUUGAAUGCAUAAUGAUAUAAAUAAGAAUUUAGAAAAAAUAGAUUGUUUGGAAGCUUAGUUGUCUCUGCAAGAAAGUUGAAAAAAUAGCUUCACAAAAACUGAGAAAUAGGCUGUGUUUAUUUUUUAUCAUCUUAAUGAUUAUGUUGUUACUGACCAAUUGUUUAGCAGACCAAACAUAAAUGCUAACUUUCUUAGUGUUCAGAGCGAAAUGCCUAUUAAAUGCCUCUAUAUUAGCAUACAUGAGCUUCUAAAUGACUUACUAAAUAAAACCUCUUAAUAACUUAAUGAAAAUUAGACGGUGGUUUUCGAUACAUAAUGAGCAUUUUGCUGUUCUAAUUUGUGUAAUGAAUUUUUGGUUGUCAAAGCUGUACUAAAUGAUUAAAUCUCUUUGGCGAUUCCUUUGGCGAGGCUUGAAUUUGAACUCUUAAAAGUGCACAUUUGACAGUAAACUAUGCAAUGUACAUAUUAUUUUCUUUGAGUUAUAUCCUGUUUAUUUAUUUUAUCUACUUUUUAAUGAUUUUUCUUCUGUUUGAAAGAUGACUAAUAUGUUGGCUUUCCAAUGUUGCUGUUUUCAAACAGCAUUAUUUUUGCCUAAAAUCAAAAGGUGCCAUGGACAUUUUUAGACAUAGCAAAUGUUAUAUAGGUGGUCACUCAAUAUGGAACUUGUUAAACAAGAAAAAGAUUACUAGAAUUGAUAAAAACAAGCCAUGGUGAGAUUUUCUCAAUUUUGAUGAAUAAGUUUACAUUUCUUAUUGAAUGACCACGAAAGUGACAUUCUAUUUAUAUCAUGAAAUACUACCGUAGUUUGAUGUUUUUCAGCGCUAAAUACAUAAAAAGACACUUUAAAUCAUGCACAUUUUAAACGCUAUUCAUUGAUGACCUCAGGUUAUAAGUAGUUACACUUGUUAUAUAAAACGUUAUAAAAAAAUAUAUAGUGAUGUUAUAACAGUUAUUUCAAGAUAGCGACAUCAUAUAUGGUUUUAUUUGAUAUAUUUAUUUAGUAUUCUCUUAAAUCUCAUUUAGAAUGUAAUUCACCAUAUGAAAAGUUAUAAGUAAAUAAUUGUGGAAAAGGUCAAUGAAUUGCGUUUAAGAUACAUUUUUUUAAAUAUAUGUAUGUGCUACAUUACACAUUUUAUCUUGGCCAUUUAUUCAAAUAAUGCAUUCAGUGCAUAGCGAAUCUUGUAUAGUAUAAAGUAUAUAUUCGAUAAACAAGACAUACAUGUACAUUAAACAGGAAAAUUUUCAUAGAAUCAAGUUAAUUAUAAAAUUAAUGUUGACAAUUUUCAAACCAAUGAAAUGUUAUAAGGCAAAGAAAUAAAAUACUCAAAUAAUGAGUAUAGGAAUCAGACAUGUAAUAAAUUACAACUUAAUGUGUUUUUUGUUCCAUAUUAUUUUUGUAAAAAAAAAGCCAUUAAAAGAUAUACGGUUAAAAAUCAAGUACAUGCCCUAAUAUCACAAACAUACACAAGUCAAUUCUCAAACUCAAUCUUAACUCAUUUUACCAAAAAAAAGACUUGUAUGGUGCAGAAUCCUGCAGGUUUUUAUACUUUUUGAAAACGUAUUUUCUCAUAGCAUGUGUAGAUAAAAAGAUUUUAUCAAUAUUUCAGAGAAAACUAAGUCCCGGGCACAAUUAUACUUGAGUAUUUUAUAAAGAAUACAGAAUUGUACUCAAAUACAUUUUUGGCUGCAGAAUAUCUUUCCCUUGGAAUUCGACCAUUAUAAGGCAGCAUAUUGUAUGAUAGAAUGCACUUAAAAGGUGUAAAAAACAUGUAUGAUUUUUAAUAAAUUUUGAUGCUAUGUGGUAAAAUGAGUUGAGACUGAGUUUGAGAUUUGACUUAAGUAUUUUCGUGAUAUUAUGGCCAGGUAUCAAAAUACCACUUCAAUUAUGUGUUAUAUAUAAAAAUGUGUUUUCAUCCUUUUUGGCUUAUAAACGUUUAUUGCAUUUUUGUUACAUAUUUCAGAUUUAGUUGGUUUUAAUAUUUAAAUACUCUGUGCUUAUACACAUUGAUACUCGCAGUUAGAUAAGUUAUAGUUAGGAAAUAAAUCUUAGAGUAAAGUAGCAUGUUUACACACUUAAUUUUAUUAUUUCAGAAUGUUUAGAUAGAAAUUUUAUUCAAUACAGGUAUCAAGUUUUGCAAACAAAUGAGCCAUAUUCUUCUUUUAUAACAACCACCAUUCACUUUUCAAAUCAUGUUCAUGAUAUUUGAAUAAAGAUGAUUUUUUUUAUAUUUAUCAAGUUAAUUUAUUUUUUCAAUUUGAAAAAAAAGACAUCAAAAUAUAUAUUUUUUUUAAUUUAAUAAAUUUCUCAUAAUAAAAAAUAUAAUUUUCAUUUAUGGUAUCUACAUUUUUUAUUACAUUACCUAACAUAUAAUAUACACAUAUAUUUCAUAUUUAAAUUUUCUAUGUUUGUACAUGUAUAUUUGUAAACUCAUUAUUGUUUAUCGUUUUGUCCUUGCCGACUGCUGUGAUUAACUGUUUUUUCUGCUAAUAAAGAAUUAUUUUAAAGUGUU